AUGAGUGGAAAAAGAAACCCUUUAACUGGAGUGACUCCCACAAAAAGUCAAAGAAACAAUAAACAAAAAAAAAAACAAAAAAAGAAUUUAAAGAACAAAUUAUCAGAUGUUAAAAAAAAUAAACUUGUUGAAGAUAUAUUGAAAGACUGGGAAAGUGAUGGUUGUGUUUACAGUGAAGAUUUAGAUCUCGAUAUAAGUGGAAUUUUACCAAUCACAAAUGAAGUUGAACCGAAGAACAAAUUAUCAGACGAUUCAGACGAUAAAAAAGAUAAACUUGUAGAAGACUUAUUGAAAGAUUGGGAAAAUGAUGAUUAA